UGACGAUGUGUUUAUAAGAAGAUUGGUUUCCAGUUUCCACAGACAUAAUCAUGCAUGCCGGGGCUCCCAAGCAGAGGGAAACAAAGAGAUAUAGGAGAGUAAAGAAAUGGGAAGGAAACCAUGUUGUGUCAAAGAAGAAGUGAACAGAGGAAUAUGGUCUGCUUGGGAAGAUAAACUUCUCAUUAGCUACAUUAAAGUCCAUGGAGAAGGCAAGUGGACGGAUCUUCCUCGAAGAGCUGGGUUGAAGCGAUGUGGAAAGAGUUGCAGACUUCGGUGGUUGAACUAUCUCAGGCCAGACAUUAAGAGAGGUAGUUUUUCUGCAGAUGAAGACGAGCUUAUUAUCAGACUUCACAAGCUCCUCGGAAACAGGUGGUCACUCAUUGCUGGAAGGUUACCGGGUAGAACAGACAAUGAUAUCAAGAAUUAUUGGAACACCUAUUUAAGAAAGAAAGUCGAAGAAAAGAAGAUUAAUGGUACUUCAGCUUCCAAGAAACAAGCGAACGAUUUCAAAGGAAGAAAACCCAUGCACAAUCAAUCACAAUUGUACUUGAAUAAUCCUCCAGCAGCUACAUCAUCACACCGAGUUAUUCGAACCAAAGCCGUACGAUGCAGCAAGGUUAUCGUCGUUCCUGAACCACUAUGUUAUAAUAAUAAUAAUGAUGAUGAGGCAGCUGAGAAGAAAAUGGAGAGCGAGAGGCCUUGUUCUUCUUCAUCAGCAAUAUUACACGAAGACAAAUGUUUGGAUUUUGACAUUAACGACUUUCUUUCAAUGGAGACGCCAAACUCAUCUGUGUUGGACCAAUCCCGAGAGAUUAAUGGUUGGCAUGGAACAACGGAGGAUGGAAAAUGUUGGGAUUUUCCAGUUUCAUCAGCAGUCGAAGCCGAGCUCGAUGUUUUGAUGGGCAAUAGCAAUGACGAUGCAAACCUUUUUCAACCAUCUGAUGCAUUGGAUCUCAAGAGCAUAUCAAAUUUUCUAGGUUUAGAGGACGAUUAAUUGCAUUAUUGUUUGAGAAUAAAUGUUCUAUGCAUCAGUGCAUGGCUUGCCUACUUUGCCUGUAGCUCUCAAUAACUAAAUUAACAAUUAAGUUAUGGAUAAGUUAUAUAUGUGUGCAUUG